AAACUGCCAUAAGACCAAUACUCCCCUCCCCAUUUUUCCUCAGAAAAUCUAGAGAGAGAUGGGAAAUUGCCAGGCCAUUGAUAAUGCUUCUCUAGUAAUUCAACACCCAAAUGGAAGAGUAGACAAACUCUAUUGCCAAGUUUCUGCUAAAGAAAUCAUGAAAAUGAACCCUGGUCAUUAUGUUGCUCUUCUCCUCACCACCACUUUAUACUCUUCCUCCUCCGCCUCCGCCGCCGCCGCCACCAAGAACAGAAGUUUAGUAGAAAAUAACAACAUCCCGGUUCGAAUUACGCGCAUAAAACUUCUUAGGUCAGCAGACAACCUUGUUCUUGGACAUGUUUAUAGACUUGUCACUGCCCAAGAGGUGAUGAAAGGAUUGUGGGCUAAAAAGCAUGCAAAAAUGAAGAAGCAACAGCCAGAAUUAGAAGACGGAGAGAGUUCAGAUUUUGGGACAGCAAUUAAGAUAACUGAUAUGGAGAAAAUCAAUCAGGUGAAACAUGAGAGGCAUAGGUCAAGAAAUAACACAGUAACAAAUUCUGGUGCUGCUGCAAAAUCCAGAAUUUGGCAACCUGCAUUACAGAGCAUUUCUGAGGCUGGAAGCUGAUUUUUUAACUUAUUCUUAAGAUUGAGAUUCUGCCAAACAUACAGUAGAUUAUAAGUGAAAAUCAGUAUCUCAGAGAAAAAGGUCCAGUUAUGGAGAAAUUGCAUUGGAAACAAGAGAGACUCAAAAUUGCACAUUGUGAUAAGUAGUUCUCCUGUUAAUUAAAUCGUUUCAUCUAAAUGUUUAUAUGGUUAGAGAAGUAUGAAAAACCACAUGUCACAACUAACCAUUCUGAUUGCAUUUUACAUUGCUAAAAACGCAUGCCGGAAAUUUACAAGUAAUUGUUACGGACAGACGACUUGGGAAAUGGGAAUCAUUAUGAGUUUUAAAUAUUUAGCGGAGAACAUUUGUUGCGAAAUA